AUGGCAUUCGCCGCCUCCACGGCCUGCUGCAAGCCGUCCGUGCUGCUGGCCCCUCGCGCCUCCUCCUCGUCGUCGUCCCAGGCGCGCCUCUGCAGGCCGUCCACCUCGGCCGCGUUCCACGGCCUCAGGGCGCCGGCGUCGGCAUUCGCCCUCACGCCAGCGCCGCGCCGCCGCGCGGCCUCCACGGGCAUCGUCUGCGGCAAGGUGAGCAAGGGCAGCGUGCCGCCCAACUUCACCCUCAAGGACCAGGACGGCAAGACGGUAUCGCUCUCCAAGUUCAAGGGCAAGCCCGUCGUCCUCUACUUCUACCCCGCCGAUGAGACGCCAGGCUGCACCAAACAGAUCAUUCGCCAGAAGACAUUCAGUCCUCUUGGUUCUGCCGGAGCUAGCUCACCACUUGGGUCUCGCAUCCUUUCCAAACGCCAUGGCUCCACCACCAUCCAAGCUAGCCUCUCCUCCCCUAACCCCACUCCACGGCAACAAAAGCACCUUGCCAUGACCAUACCUUCCCAAGAAAUCACCGAAGCAGCGACGCCGAGGAGGCAGCAGCCCAUCGAAGAGGAGCUCGUCGGCAACGGAGGAGGGCGGACGUGCGAGCUGCCGACGUGGGCGCUGAUCGGCGGCAUCACGGUGGGCGUGGCGCUGGCGCUGUCGCUGUCGGUGGACGCUGGCCCGGCGAUGGCGCUGGGGCCGGAGGGGCCGCUGCUGGAGGAGUUCUGGGACAACAUGCGGCGGUACGGGCUGUACGCGCUGACGGUGAGCACGGGGUUCGCGUGGGCGCUGGUGCAGCCCAUCUACGAGCUGCUGCGGAACCCCAUCACCGCCGUGCUCAUCAUCGUGGUCAUGGCCGGCGGCGCCGUGCUGACGGUCCAGGUCAUCAACGCCAUGGCCGGCAACUCCGACUUCGUCUACAUGCGUGCGCGUUCCGGGACUCGUACGAGAAGUACAAGAAGGCGGGGGCGGAGGUGA